AUGUCAACAGAAUCCGCACCCUUCUGCCCACGGAGACCGAACCUUCGUGAGAUCCUCGCAAACACAGCACCUGCACCUUGGACCUUGGCCGCCUUCAUGGCAUAUCUCUCCAACAACCACUGCCUGGAAACACUGGAAUUCACCAUGGAUGCAGGCAGAUACAAGAAGCACUUUCACAGAAUGAUGAACAAGGCUCCCGUCCCCGGCCAACCAACGGAACACGAUGCAAACUAUGUCAAGGAACUAUGGACUCGUUUGAUGGAAGCUUACAUCCAGCCCAACGGUUCGCGUGAGGUCAAUCUCCCCUCACAAGUGCGCGAUCCCAUCCUUGGACACAAGCCCUCAAACACUCUUCCCCCGGAACCUUCAGUACUUGAGCCCGCCGUCUCCAAGACUUACGAGUUGAUGGAGGAGUCGGUUUUGGUACCUUUCCUGAACAGCGUGUAUCCCCAAUCACCCACGCCUGUCAGCCCCUACUAC